AUGUCGACGCCUACACCCCGACCCCCGCGCGAACGCGCAACGGACAGCCGCGACUCGGUCCUGCGAGCGUCCAUUCUCGAGAGCGCCAUGCAACUCGGCGUAGGCAGUAGCUGCACCGUCACAAAGUGGAUGUUCAGCCCCGUCGAGGAGGGCGAUGAGGAUGCCGAAGCGGACGUCGAGUUGCUACCGCAGGACACCGUGUCCCCGAGUCUAACCUACGCAUCGACUGCAACUUCGGAUGAUUCAUUCUUGUCCAAUUCUCCCUCAAAGGCCCAGCCCGGUGCUGGGAUUCUACUUUCACCGGUCUCGUCCAACGCAGCUGGACUCGGCCUGUUGCCCCAGAGACCAUCGCCUGGCAAAAGCUCCAGCGAGAGUUCUCAGAGGAUCGUCUUCGACCUCAGCUCUCACCGCGAGCCCCGGGUUGUAUCGCCCACACCCCCGAGCCCCAAGAGCAGCAGGUUUCUCCGGCUGCGCCGCAAUGGCAAUGACAGUGACGGCGGCUAUCUGAGUGAUGGGGGCAAGAGCAAGAAGGACAAGGAGAAAAAGAAGAAGGCCAAGAAAGACAAGGGCAAUGAGGAUGCCACGGACUAUGAGAGCGAUGGCGGAUACUUGUCAGAGGCUGCGCGUAAAGCAUCGAAGAAGCUGAAGAAGGAGAAGAAGUCCAAGGCGAGGGAUGCUGACUCUCCUGCGACGGACUACGAGACCGACGGUGACGCUGGCCGCGCGCGGCGCUCAAAGGAGCAGCGGUCGCGCAAGGGCUCGAUCAUGUCGUCUACGGCGGACGAGUCGGACGGCGGGAAUUUGUCCGAGGCGUCCACCAAACGCAAGGGCUUCUUCCGCCUCAAUACACGGUCACGCAAGAAGCGGGACUUGGAGGACUCGCCGUUACGAGAAGUACCGCCUGUGCCCACACUUCCCUCGGCCAUGCUCCCCAUCGCAGAGCGCUUUCUGCGCAGCCCGACGCCGAAUGCUGCGGAGGGUUCGUUGCGUACGGCAACACCUGUGUCAAUGCUAUCGUCGGUUGCAGAUCGCGAGAGUGUGGUUUCUGUCACGCCGACCGAGCGCGAGGCAGGAUCGAUUAUGUCUCGCGAAGGCCUCACCAGAGCGUUCCGUGAUGCACAUUCCGUACAUCGACCCAGUAUUGAUGCACUUGCGACGUUCGGCAAUAUGGCGCCAAUGCCACCCUCGCCGAGUCCCCCGAAGGUGACUGGUACCACAGCAGAACGACUAUAUGCGCAGUUGACACCAUCAGCCUCGCCGGGGCUGCAGGAUGUUCCAAAAGGUUCGACUCCGAGGAAUAAGGGCCCACGCCCGACCAUCUCCCCUCCCAACACGAGUUUGCUCGCAGCGAAACAUGUACCUGCGCCACUGGUGCUGAACUCUCCUACCUCCAUCCACUCAUAUGCCGCGCAACAAUUCACUUCACGCACGGCCGAGGGGGAAUACAUUAUUGUGACACCGCAGAUGACGCCCACCAACAAUGGCGCGUUAGAUGCUACAUCGCCGCAAAUGAGUCCCGCGCGACCCGACUCCGGGGCCAUUGUACCUUCACCAUCAAAGAAGUCAUUCGGCAUUCCUCCAAGCCCAUCUGCGGGCCAGACGUCCCUGAGACCGCACAUCUUGGCCUACUAUGGUAUUCCUCCGCCUACGCCUCCUCCGCAAGGUCCGCUCCCCGACGUGCCACCAGCGCCGAAUAGCCCUCGUUCUGCACAGCAUCUUGUCCCUCCGCGGUCUAUGUCGGCGGAUGGUGCAGAUGUACGUGGUGCUCCGUCGCGCCCCCUUCCUUCCCCCCCACCUGCCGGGCCGCCUCCUACGCGAAAGUUACCCGCGCCACCGGUCUCAGCUCCGACGCACGCAGUGCGCUCAGCUUCCGAGUCCGACGUCAUGAAUCCCACGGGCGCAUACGCCUCAGUGCCUGUGAUCUCGGAGCCGAUCCCGCCAGCCCAGCGUGGACGUGUCUCCCCAUUCCCGACUUCGCCUAUCCAGCCAGGCAUGGAGCGCGGCCGGAUAUCUCCCUUCCCUGUCAGACCUGUCUCCCCGCGUGGAGAGGGCUCAGGGCUGGUGCGCAAGCUGUCGAAUCUCAUGUCUCCUACUACAAGCCCGAAGGCAGAGAGGACCGCCAAGUACGAGAUCUCCAAACCCAUGUCUGCGGGGGGAUACGUCGACCAGCGCGAUCCAGAGCGCCUUGACGUGCGGUGGCAACCGCGUUCGGCGUCUGCCCUGGACAGGCCUUAUGCUGGUGCAUUCAGCAGCCCGAGCAGGACACGAAAGGCCUCGUUCACGGACGAGGCCGAGGCCGAGCACGGCGACGAUGUCUCUGAGUUGGACAUGGGCGAUGAGUCCUACGAGGACGAGACGCCGGAAGCCCAGGCCGCGGACGACGACCGCUCGGUGUACGUGGAUGAUUCCCGGCCGGCUACUAUGUACGACGGGAGCGAUGGCGGCGAUCGCUCGAGCGUGUGGAGCCAACAGGACAGCCGGAAGAGCUUCUUUGACGAGGAGAAGAGCGCGAGUACGCGGGAGCGCUUCGUCAAACAGGUGGAGGCCAUGUAUGGCGAGUACAAGGUGCCGCCUGUGCCGCCGCUGAACGUCAAGCCGUCAGAAGACGGCGCGGCGAUUCCCAUGUCUUGGUCACGUAUGGCCGAUGCAAUGCAGCCCGGCUUGGGCACCCAUGCACUCAGCAUCCGCAUCCGUGUCAGAUAA